UGACAUGAGUAAUGCUUCCAACUGUGAAGACAAAGACGAUGAAGAAGAAAAUGAAAAAUUGCCCACAACUACCCUGUUGGGUCCAGCCAUUCAAGCGAAUAAUGAAGACCUGUCAGAUUCCGAAGGAGACAUGCUUGAUGCUGCCAGGAGUGAAGAUGAAAACGAUGUGGACAAUGAAGACUUGGAGUGCAAUGCUAGUGGAGAAAACACAUCUCAAUUGUCAGUGUCUUUUCAGACUCCCCUUCAAGCUGUUGUGAGGGUGGUGUUUUGGGGCAGAAGAUCUGGCCCAGGCUCCACCAGCCCAGCUACCAUCAGGCCCAGGCUUCACCAGUCCAGCUGCCACCUGGCCCAGGCUUCACCAGCCCAGCUACCAUCAGGCCCAGGCUCCACCAGCCCAGCUGCCACCUGGCUCAGGCUUCACCAGCCCAGCUACCAUCAGGCCCAGGAUUCACCAGCCCAGCUGCCACCUGGCCCAGGCUUCACCAGCCCAACUACCAUCAGGCCCAGGCUUCACCAGCCCAGCCAUGCUGCCACCAUAUCCAGGCUCCCCAGCCCAGUUACCAUCAGGCCCAGGCUUCACCAGCCUAGCCCUGCUGCCACCAGGUCCAGGCUUCACCAACCUUGCUGCAACCAGGCCUAGCCUUUCUAGGCUACAAUCUGUCUGCACCCAAACUGGUAGGAUCUUGUUUGCUUUGUUUCAUCAUCUUCUGAUAAUUUGAAUACAAUGCCACCAAAAAAACAGGAAGAGGACGUUGUUUCUCUCCCUGUAGUACGUGAACUUUUGGAUCAGCAGAAGGACUACUUUAAUAACCUUAUCAAGCAACAAUUAGCAACAACAAUUUAUGCUGAUGAUACAGUUAUUUACACCUCUGGAUCUAAUAUUUUUCAAAUCUAGUCAAUAUUACAGUCUAAUUUUGAUUCCAUUCAAAAAUGGUUUUCAUCCAGCAAACUCCUACUUAAUAAGAGGAAGUCCUAUAAUAUGUUAUUCGGUACUAGACAGAAACUUUUACAUUCUGGUAAAUUAUCCAUUAACUAUCCCGAUGGUACUCCUCUUGAGGAAAUAGAUCAAUUCAAAUAUCUUGGUGUCUGGCUUGAUUCUCAACUCACCUUUAAAAUAUAUAUUGACUCAGUUAUUAAGAAAAUAAACUGCAGCUUGGGUUUACUGUAUCGCUCAAUAAACUGCUUCACUCUACAGAUUAGGAAAAAGAUUGUUACACAGCUUAUUCUCCCUAUACUCGAUUAUGCAGAUAUUGUAUAUCAGAAUACUUUAGAAAACAACUUAUCCUCUAUUAGAGUCACUUACAACAACCUUUGCAGAUUUAUUCUUAGAUGUCUGUUCAGAACUCAUCAUUGCACUAUGUAUCAUUCUCUAAAUUGGUUAACACCUGAGUCCAGAAGACAGUUUCAUUGGCUGCAGUUUAUUUUCAAAUGUAUUUAUUAUAAUUACCCCCCGUACUUAAAACAAUAUUUGAUCCCAUAUAGCUCACAGCAUUAUUUACGCCAUACUGACAGUUGUUUUUUCUUUGUUCCGAGAAUCCAGAAGGAAAUCGGUCGAUUUUCCUUUCAAUUUAAAGCUCCAUCAGACUGGAAUACAUUGCCUAUUUCUUUAAAAUCUAUCACCUCUUUUCAUCUAUUCAAGAAAUCCCUCUUUAUUCAUUUACAAAAACCCUGUUUAUGUUUCUGACAAAUAUUGACAAAUAUCUGUGGUGAACUAUGGAUAAAUGACAUCUUCCUGACGAUGAAUGUACUGUAUAUGAUGAUGGGUAUAUAAUAU